UUCUUAAAAUUGGAGCAAAAGAUCUUCAUAAUAUGUAAACAUAUGUUACAUGCUGUUUAGAUCACGUGAUAUUUAUCCUUUUGAUCUUUACAGUGAUAUAUAUACUAGUACAUACAGUGGAAAGAUCUAUAGAGCACUCUGUACUGUUACUAGUCUGUCAAAUCAAAGUGUCUUCUUUUCGCAAAUACGAGAUCAUUUUCGUCCGUUGUUAUUACCGUCGUACAAAGAUAAUAACGAUCGCAUAUGCAUAUUUCUUUUUUAAUAUUGUAAGAAACUAGUUAAUAAUCAAGAUCAAUAAAAUGUCUGAGCAAAUUGCAACUGUGCACCGAUAUUAUGAAGCCUUAGAAUAUAUUAAAUAUAAGAUCAACAGGCAGGAAGCAAUAGAAAAGAUAUCCACUUUACAUAGCGAAUUGGAAAUUAAGAAUGCUGAUAAUUUCGCAGAUAGAUUCUCCAAAACAGCGUCUAUAAUAGAAGAGAAUUUAACGAUUUUCAAAUCUGCUUGUGAUCAUGUGGAUGAAGUUACCAACCUUCUGGAAUACUUAUACAGUAUCAAUGCAAAAAUGAUGUUUAGUCACAAUGACUGCUCUUUGCAUGAUCUAAGUGUAAUAUAUAUGUUUAUUAUAUUCGAAGAUUAUUUCGAGCAAAUUCCAUCAUUUUUAAAAAUGGCCAUAAUUAAAGGUUCAUGCAUGGAAAAACAAGAACACCAAGAAUCUUAUAAAUCAUUAAUUUCAGAUAAAAUCAUUGAGAUGAUUGUGUUCCAAGAUUCAGAUUUAUGUGCAGUUAUUAGCUGUUUGAACAUUAAACCUUAUCUUCUGUUAAAAAUAAAGAAAAUUAUGGUUCAAGAAACAAUAAAAGAGAAAUUUAUAUGGCUCUUGGAACAAAAUUGUAAAUAUGUUUCAAUCAUGAAUUUGCCCAUUUAUACAUUUCGUUCAAAAGAAGAAUUACUUGAAUUUUUCUCAGAAGAUUUUCAAGUUUCUUUAGAUUACUCAAAUUUAAGUUUAAUGUCUAUAUGGUCAGAAGAUAUUACAGCUGCAAAAGCAUUAGCAAUGAAAUUAAACAAAACCAUUACAUUCAUAAAUGCAAACUUCGAGUUUUGUUAUGGUAUCGUAUUACCUUUCAAAGGCUUUUCUACUUUUGACUUGCUUCGAUCAGAUACUUAUGAUGAAGAAGCAUUUCAAACUUUUGGAGAUAAAAUAAAUUUAAACACGUGUACAGGUUCAGUUUAUUAUCUUUUUUAUGAUGGCAGAUGGCAAGAACCUGUAAAGAAAACAUAUUGGAAAUCCAAUGACAAUAUAUAUGCACAGGCAACAUGGGAAGAUUUUAACAGAUGCACAACGUCUGCUAUAAAAGCAAACAAAGAUUGGAGAAUUUUGCCUUUGAAUUCUAAACUAAAGAUCUUGACGACUCUUGUACAUACAUUACAAUGCAAUGGUAAAUUUCUGUUAGCAACACAUGUGGCAGAAUGGAUAAGACAUUCAAAUGUACUUGAAGAUAUAUUAUGUUGCUAUCAAGAUGAAAAAUUUGAGAUAAGCAGCUUUCACACAACAAAAGGCGUUAUUUCUCUUAUGCAUAAAGAUGAAAAUGUAUUGUUUAGUUAUCUAACGCUAUCUUUACUUCUUAACAAUUGUGUUGUUGUACUAUGUAAUGAAACUUCAAGUAUUUUAGCACCGUAUUUUAACAUGUUUUCAACAGCUGGGAUACCUCCAGGUGUUGUAAAUUUGUUAUUAAAUAAAAAUAUGCACAAAUCUCAACAAGACGAGUCAAAAAUGUUACUAAGUAACGUAUACACGCAUUGUACUUUAUUGAAGCAAAUUGUACUCCCUCUUAAAUAAUUUUAAUAAUAUAUUAAGCUUUUUUGUAAUAUUUGAUUAUAUAUGCAUAUAAGUAAACCAAAUUUCAAUUUAU